GGUCAAUAUCGUGUUGAGUUGAACGGAAUACUGACAGAUGUACAUGUGCGACCCUUUAAAACGUUGACCUUUAGACGCCAUUUCUGUUACGAUGUGAUACACUUGACAGUGAAUAGAGAAUUUUUAAGCAUCAGCAGUUUGGAAAUAUGAAGAGUGUGAUUAUAGUUGGCGGUGGACUGGUCGGGGCGUUGCAGGCAUGUUUCAUGGCAAAACGCGGUUUUCGGGUGGACGUGUACGAAAUGCGACAGGACAUCCGGGAUAUGGAGGUGGUGCGCGGCCGAAGCAUCAAUCUGGCGCUGUCCACGCGCGGGCGAGAGGCGCUUCGAAGGGUCGGACUGGAGGACAUCGUGAUAUCCACGGGGAUACCCAUGUACGCCCGUAUGAUACACGAUCUGGACGGAACGCGCCGGCCCAUUCCUUACGGCAAAGCAGACCAGUUCAUUAUGUCGGUUGACCGGCGACAUUUAAAUGAGCUCCUCUUGACACAAGCUGAGAAGUUGCCGAAUGUAGAGAUGCAUUUCGAACACAAAAUCGUGGCAUGUGACUUUAACGCUGGAAGGAUCACAUUUUCAAAGUCGGACGGUAGCCACGUGACGGCGCACGCGGACCUAGUUGUGGGAUGCGACGGCGCGUUUUCCGGAGUCCGCCAACAGAUGAUGAAGAAAACGCUGUUCGACUACGAGCAGGUGUUCAUCCCACAUGGCUACAUGGAGUUGUGCAUGGAACCUGCGCCAGGAGACAAGUUUGCGAUGGAGGUGAACUACUUGCACAUAUGGGCGAGGGACGAGUUUAUGAUGAUCGCCCUCCCCAACCAGGACAAGACGUACACGUGCACUCUCUUCAUGCCCUUCGAUAUCUUCAAGACGCUUGACACACCCGAAGCCGUCCUCGCCUUCUUCCGGGAUAAAUUUCCGGAUUCCCUACCGCUUCUUGGAGAGAAGUACGUUACGGAGACGGUGUCCACCAGCAAAGCUCUACCCCUGAUUUCAGUAAAGUGUUCUCCAUACCACGUGAAGGACAGGGCGGUGAUCAUGGGGGACGCCGCCCACGCCAUGGUGCCUUUCUACGGUCAGGGCAUGAACUGCGGUUUUGAAGAUUGCGUGGUCUUUGAUGACAUUCUGAGCAAACACAAUAAUGACAUUGCGGCGACGUUAAAGGAGUUUACAGAGGUCCGGUCGGUGGACGCAAAGGCGAUGUGCGACCUCGCAUUCUAUAACUACAUAGAGAUGCGACAGUCCGUCAACUCUCGCCUUUUUCUGCUCAGGAAGAAGCUGGACAACUUCCUAUACUGGCUCUUCCCGAACAUGUGGAUGCCACUCUACACUUCAGUGUCAUUUUCCCGCACCCGGUAUCACCAGUGCAUUGCUAACAAGGAGUGGCAGGACCGCCUCAUCCGGCGGGCGUUGUACAUGAGCGUCCCCGCCAUGGCCGCCCUCGGCUACUGCGUGGCUACCAGGACCAGACUUUUGGACGCCCCUGUGUCAGAGACGAUUCAGCAAUUGGUGGAACGCCUGCGACCAACAUGGAUUUAAUUUUUACGCCACUCAUGUUACUUGUUAGCUGAAAACAAACGAAAUCAACUGCAAGACGCCAAAGUUUAUUUGCUUUUAACUUGUUGUUUACAAACUAUUCAGGGAAUGAACGGAUGCAUUGUUUGCUCAAUUUCUUUUGUUUCUGCAUUGUUUCAUUCCAAAACAUGUUUGUUUAUGAAAGAAAUAUUAUGCUUGUAGAUAGUGCCAUAUGCGUAAAUAAA